AUGGUGCUGCUAACACUAAUAUGCGCGCUGGUGAAAGAAGGAAGAGCUUUUUCUGUGGACAUCGACAACAACAAGUCGGUGGGACAUUUGAAGGAUGCCAUUAAAGAGGGUACCUCGGUGAUAAUCCAAAUUCCCGCACGUAAGCUGCAGCUCUUCUUGGCAAAAAGAGACGAGGGCCGCGGCGCGUGGCUGACGGAGACAGAGGUGAAGCAAGGCGCGUGGAGCACCAGUGGUCUGACGCUGUUGGAAUAUGCGGGAGCGCCACUUAGCGUGGUUGGUUUCACGGAAGAAGCUGUACGAACUCAAGUGACGAAGGAAGAUGUUGCAGCCGGAAUUGUUCCUGUACACGUGCUAGUGAAACUGCCUGAACCGAUCGUGUAUGCUGCUUCACUUACAACGAACGUUCAACUUCCUACAACAACUGCAUUGAACGAGCCCGAAAAAUACGCUGAGGAGUGCAUCUCACUGAACGACUGGGAUGUUAACGCUGUGCAAAAGAUUCCCUCGAUCUGGAGAUUCAUGAGCAGCUUGGGUGGAUGCACCCUGAAGGAAGAAAUAUAUUGGCGAAUGGAAAAUACGCUAAUUGUGUCUCUGCUGAUGGAUGGAUGGUUUCGAGAGUCUUCUUCGCUGGCAAACAAGAAGAGUAUUAUAAUAGGCUCGCCGGGUGUUGGCAAGUCGACGCUGUUGUACGUGAUGGCUUUCCAUCUCGUUUUCAAGCACAAGAAGAAUGUGCUGGUGUACCGACGAUUGCGUAAAAAAAAUCAGGCGGAUUGUCUCUUUUAUAUGGGUUACGAAGAUGGCAAGGUUGUGCAGUUUGCAGUGAAGGGAUGCGAAGACCGGACUGCGAACGACAUAUAUAAAGAGCUCGUCCGCCAACAGGGCAUAUCGAACGUAUGGCUGUUGUUGGAUAAAUUUCGAUACAAAGAUAUUCCGGUUAGUUUGACAACGUUCACGUUGCUGGCAACGUCAGAGCGAGUGGACCUAAAAUCUGAAGAUCAACUUUAUGCGCUCUACUGUCUGAUGCCUUGUUGGUCACCAACGGAUCUCUUUUCGAUGUGA